AUGGCCACCCCGUCAAAAAAACGUUCUAGAGAUUCUGAAUCUUCAGAGGAACCCACAGUAGAUGAAAAGAACACUACAAAGCAAAACAAUGCCGCGCCUGAGGAAGAACAAACCACUUAUGCGGAAAAGUUCGAAGAACUGAAGCUAUCACAGCCAACCCUGAAGGCCAUUGAAAAGAUGGGGUUCACAACCAUGACGUCUGUGCAGUCAAGGACUAUCCCACCUCUUUUGGCCGGUAGAGAUGUUCUUGGUGCUGCCAAGACAGGUUCUGGUAAAACAUUGGCGUUCCUUAUCCCUGCUAUCGAACUAUUGCAUUCUCUGAAAUUCAAACCAAGAAAUGGUACCGGUAUAAUUGUCAUUACGCCUACAAGAGAGUUGGCUUUACAGAUUUUUGGAGUGGCAAGAGAACUAAUGGAAUUCCAUUCGCAGACGUUUGGUAUUGUCAUUGGUGGUGCAAAUAGAAGACAGGAAGCCGAAAAAUUGAUGAAAGGUGUUAAUAUGUUGAUUGCUACCCCUGGAAGACUGUUGGACCAUUUACAAAAUACAAAAGGAUUCGUAUUCAAGAACUUGAAGGCUUUAAUUAUCGAUGAGGCGGAUAGAAUCCUAGAAAUCGGGUUCGAAGAUGAAAUGAGGCAGAUAAUCAAAAUUUUGCCAAAUGAAGAUAGGCAAUCCAUGUUAUUUUCUGCUACACAAACGACUAAAGUUGAAGAUUUGGCUAGAAUUUCGCUGAGACCGGGCCCUCUUUUCAUUAAUGUCGUUCCUGAGACUGACAAUUCCACCGCAGAUGGGUUAGAACAAGGCUACGUGGUAUGUGAUAGCGACAAAAGAUUUUUGUUGUUGUUUUCCUUUUUGAAAAGAAAUCAAAAAAAGAAAAUCAUUGUAUUCUUAUCAUCUUGUAACUCUGUGAAAUAUUACGCUGAAUUAUUGAACUACAUUGAUUUACCAGUCCUUGAAUUACACGGUAAGCAAAAACAACAAAAGAGAACAAAUACAUUUUUCGAAUUUUGUAAUGCGGAAAGAGGUAUCUUGAUUUGUACAGAUGUUGCAGCCAGAGGUCUAGAUAUCCCCGCAGUGGAUUGGAUUAUUCAAUUUGACCCUCCUGAUGAUCCAAGAGAUUACAUUCAUAGAGUCGGAAGAACUGCAAGAGGUACUAAAGGUAAGGGUAAAUCUUUAAUGUUCUUAACUCCUAAUGAAUUAGGGUUUUUGAGGUACCUGAAGGCUUCCAAGGUCCCAUUAAAUGAGUAUGAGUUCCCGGAAAAUAAAAUUGCGAACGUUCAAUCACAAUUAGAAAAAUUAAUCAAAUCCAACUAUUAUCUACAUCAAACAGCUAAAGAUGGUUAUAGAUCUUAUUUACAAGCGUACGCUUCUCAUUCUCUGAAAACUGUCUACCAAAUUGAUAAACUGGAUUUAGCCAAAGUGGCAAAGUCUUAUGGUUUUCCAGUCCCUCCAAAGGUUAACAUUACUAUUGGUGCCAGUGGAAAAACCCCAAAUACCAAAAGACGUAAAACACAUAAGUAA